AUGUCCAAAUUAACUAAAAUAAAACUAUGGAUAUUAUUUAGUAUACUGUAUGUAGUAAUAGCUACAAUAUGUAUUAAUCCAGUAAAGGCUCAAGACAAUCCAAAAUGUCCUUCAUGUGCAGCAAAUCAAAGAUGUGUUUUCACUCUGAGAACAUGUCAUCAAUGUCCACAGGCGAUAUGUGAGGAUAAUGAUAAAUUACAACCCACUGACCUUACUCAAAACAAUAAAAAUAAUGAUAAUAAAUUAUUACCGGGAAUUAUAGGGGGUGUAGUGGGAGGAAUAAUUUUAAUAGCUAUUGGAUGUGGUUAUUUCUGGUAUCGACGAAUUAAUCGAGGAAAGAGAGGAAUGAAACUUAAAGAAAUGACAUCGGUAGAUUCUGAGAACGUUAUUCCAAUCGCUUAUAUACCACCCACUACGCGUUAUUCAUAUUCUAGUGGAGGAACUUCGCCACUUGGUAGUCCUUUACCAAAAAAUUAUUCUUUAAUAGAUUUAGAUGAAGAUACUACAGGUACAAUUUUACAUGCAACUAAAUCAACACCAGUAACAACAGCGGCUGCUACAGCUACUUUAGUAACAGCAACUCGAGUCAAACCAUCACUUGUUCAUUCGAAAGAUUCUUCUACCAGUUCAAUAAAUACUCCAUUAAAUACACCCCCAUUAAACACACCUCCAUUAAACACACCUCCAUUAAAUACUCCAUUAACAAAUAAAUCCUUAAAAAAUAUGCCAUCAGUAUCAUCUUUAUCGGAUAAGAUAAUUACUGGAAGCGAUAAUAAAGUAAAUGAAUUAAUACCUCGUAUAGAUAUUGAAAGGCCAUCAGGGGAGUUAUCUCAUUCAAUAAAUCAACAAAAAGCAUCACCACAAGAAUCUCCAUCAUCUCCAAAACAACAACAACAAUUAUCACAAUUAUCACCACUAUCAUUAUCGUCACCUAAUUCACCACCAUCACCAUCACAACAUCUUAAUUCCAUGGAUCCAAUAGAAGGACGACAAUCAUUUGGAUUAUUUGGCAGUGAUGAAGUUACUAUUUCACCACCACAAUUACAAAGAGAAAGUGUAAUGAGUUCAACUAGUACAAAUGGUAGAAGUACUAUGUUUUCUGAUGAAGGAGACGGGGAAAUUAUGAUCUUUUGGGGAGGGAAUGAUGAUAAUAAUAAUUCCAAUAUUCCUAAUUUGCCUGAUACGUCUUCUAUAAAGAUUACACCACCACCACCAAAUGAUGAUCCAAAUGUUGAAAAUGAUGAAAAUGGAAACUCACCUGAUCAUCUUAACGAAGAAACAACAGAAAAGAAAGAUAAAAUAUAA